AUGUCGACCUAUAACUCCAACGAUCUCCGCAGCGCAGCCAAACCAUACCAACGAGAGAAGAACCAUAAUACCAAAUGGGCACGAGGAGCCUGUGCUGAACACUGCCAUCAACACGAAUACCCCGUCAGCGGCUGCCACAAAUGCAUUGGCCGGCCAAAUCGUCGAGACCUGGAUCGACGAGUGGGCCGGGGAGUUGCACGACAUAGGCAUAGCACCCAGAACAAGCUCAGCGGCCAGGCUGCAACUCUUGCACGCAAGGCUUUCCGCAAUGAAGUCGGCGAUGCAUUUGACGGACCUCUGGCGAAUGUCUCGGACACUUCGGAGGAAGAAGAUGUCGUUGACGCGUGUACUGCUCCCGUCCCUGCCGAGGCCGACUUCAUGUACAGCUAUGACGCCCAAGCCGGUCCUCGCAAUGGCGUCGACAUCUUGAGCCAUGCCAUCACCCAGGCCGUGCAACGCUUCGAGAACAAGGAAACCGAGAACCUCGUCAACAAAGAAUACGAUGUCGUCGAUGGCAAGGAAAUGGCCGAACUCUCCACCGAUGAGGACGAGCUGGACUUUGAGAUGAUUGACCACUCUCACUUGAACUGA